AUGAAGUUGACGACCCUCCAAAGGCACCCACUUCAUCAAUUCCCCGGUCCAUUUACAGCCCGUUUCAGCAAUUUAAACCAUUGUUACAUUUUUUUAAAAGGGAAGCAGCCCUAUGAGUUAUUGAAGCUGCAUCAGAAGUACGGCCCAGUUGUAAGGGUUGCACCGAACGAGCUCUCGUUUAACACCGCUCAGUCAUGGAAAGAUAUCUACGACAAACGCAAAGGUCAUGAAACAUUUACCAAAAGUGAUUUCUAUGACGGUGGCAAUUUCGCUGCUGAAGCGCACUCUAUAGUGAGCGUGCGGGACCCUGAGGAGCAUGCCCGCAUGCGAAGAUACUUGCGCGAUGCCUUCUCUGAUCGCUCACUUCGCGAACAAGAGCACUUAAUAACAGAGCUUAUCAAUAGUUUUGUGAACAAGAUAGGCGAGCUUGGGGACAAGCCAUCUGGUAUCGACAUCGUCAUGUGGUUUAACCUGGUGACCUUUGACAUUAUUGGCAGCCUUGCCUUUGGUCAAUCUUUUGGCGGCAUCUCCUCCGAAUGCCUGGGUCUCCAUCGUGGUCAAAAGUCUUCGGAUGGGGGCUAUGGCAGACUGCUUCAGGAGAUUCCCACUGAUAGGGAACAUCAUAAAGUCAAUGUUUCCACGUCUUCUGAAACAAGUGGUACAUGA